AUGACUUCUGGGCAAUCCAAGUUUCUGCCCUAUUGGCAUUGGGGUUUGUGCAGAAUGCUCAAUGAUGCCGCGGCAGAGCUACGAACAGCCAUCGCAGUGGAGGUUCCACUGAUGAUACUCGCACUGAGUACCGUGGGUCUGAGGAUCUAUUCACGGCUCGCAAUCAAAAGAAAGCUGGCUACUGACGAUGUCCUCAUCAUCCUGGCCACGGCUGCAGCAAUCACACGCACAGUCAUUUCUUGCAUGAGCGCAGCCGACGACGGAGGCUACGACAAAAAAGGGCAAGUGCCAGACCGAGUGUCGGAAAUUCCAUUCUAUCAGCAUAUUUUCGAGCGCCGAAUCGCAUACAUCAUCGCCGUAACACUUACGCGGUUUUCCAUCUUGUCAUAUUACUUGCGCAUCUUCCCCCCCGGACUAUCAUCACUACGGCGAGGCACUUAUCUUCUCAUGCUCCUGACACUAGUUCACUUUAUAGAAGUGCUCACAGUCCUGUCCAUCUUCUGCAAAGACAUCGGCCAGCUAUGGACGGCCGACUGGCUCGACUUCUCCGGCUCCCAAUGCUUCAGCUCGGCCGUGUACAGCUACUCGGCCGCCAUUGGCGACAGCAUCGUCGACAGCCUCAUCUUCACGCUGCCGCUGCCCUAUGUCUGGAAACUGUCGCAAAUCCGGCUCCGUCAGCGUCUCGGUCUCAUCCUGGUCUUUGGACUGGGCUUCAUCGUGUGCGUGGUUGCACUGUUGCAGCUGCCGUUUAUCCAGCGUCGCGAGCGCAACAUGCAGUAUUUUGGUAGCGCCGUCAACAUGCUCGUUGCUAUUCAGCUGUCGUUUGCUAUCAUUGCGGCUUCGCUUCCUGAUGUGCGUGCGUUGAUUGCCAGGAAGUUUUCUAGUUUCUCGCCGCUGUGUCAUCGGAGUGUUGUUACUGCUGUCGACCGUGCAAGACCUGGGGUUCGCCAUGGCGAUGUCGAAGCCGGAGUGAGCGGGGAUCGCACGACGGGAGAUUCGGGAGAUGCAAUGGGAAGGUCCAAGACGAGAAGGGCGUUGCGGAAGCCGGACUGGCUGAGGCACAGUAUUCCAGCUAGUUUGAUGUCGACCAGAGUGACGCGCACGCGAACAGAGCUGACACGGUUUGUCAGUGGAGACAUGAGGCAGCCAAAUCAGAGAGUGGAAGACUCAGGGAGAGCAGGUUCACAUUACAAAGCACCAGGUGAAACCCAACAGUUCAUCCCUCAUAUAACGCACCGCGACAUCUAUCCGUCCAUACCUCCUCAAGACCCGGCAACCGCUUACCGAUGCGGAGUCAGCAUGACGUGCAGCAGAGAUGACCAAUUCGAGUCUAGCCUCGUAGAGACUCUAGCACCUACAUACAUGAUACAUGGCAUACGCCGUGUCGACGAGAGUGCGUUUGCGUUGAAGCGAGCACUGGAGCUGAAUCUGAAGCUCAUUAGAGCCAACUACCAAGGUCAAAAGUUUUGUUCUUCGAUUGAUUGUGUGGGCCAGGAAAAGAUUGUUAGGAUUGCAUUGGGAAGGAUCGAGGUAAUCGACUGGGCUGACUUGGAUGAUAUGGAUUCAGGGCGUGGUUAUGAUUUUAUUGUGGUGGGAGCCGGAACAGCAGGCUGUCUGCUAGCCCACCGUCUCGCCAGCACCCGCACCGCACCACGCAUUCUCCUCCUCGAAGCCGGCGGCAAGCCCACGGGCGACUUCCUCGAUGCACCCUACCACCGCUACCACCCCGCCGCCCUGCGCCCAGAUCUCGACCACGGCUAUGUUUCCGAGCCCGAGUCCGCGCUCAACGGCCGGCAGAUUGUGUAUACGCGGGGCAAAGGGCUGGGCGGGAGUUCGAUUUUGAAUUUCGGCGUGUAUUUGUAUGGCAGUCGGGGGGAUUACGAGACGUGGGCGGAGGAGGUGGGGGACGAGGUGUGGAGGUGGGAGAAUGUGAGGCGGUGUUAUGCGGAGAUGGAGGCGUACGAUGGGGAAGGGGUCAAGGUUGGGGGUUAUGCGCAUCUUGCGGACCCGAGGGGAAAUGGGCAUGGGGUAGAUGGGAGAUUGAAGGUUGGGUUGCCGGCUGUGUUGGAGGUGGGUGUUGCGGCGCAGAUGGAGGCUGUGAUUGCGGCGGGGGACAAGGGGAAUCUGGAUCCGAACAAUGGGGAUCCCGUGGGGUUGAGCGUGUUUCCGUUUAGUUAUAGUCGGGAGGGGAGGAGUACAAGUGCAGGCGCGUUUUUGGAGGGUGCGCCGGGGAAUCUGGAGGUUUGGACGGAUGCGAUGGUGGAGAGGUUGGUGUGGGAGGGGGGAAGGGUGGUGGGUGUGGGUUUGGCAGAUGGACGACGAGCGAGUGCGAAGAAGGAAGUGAUCCUCUGUGGUGGUGCGAUUGAUACGCCAAGGCUGUUACUUGUCAACGGCAUAGGCCCAAAGGAGGAGCUCGAGGCACUCGGUAUCGAGGUCAAGAGGGACCUUCCGGGCGUUGGCAAACAUCUCCAAGACCACGUCCUAGCUUUUAUGAGCGUGGAAGUCGACGGCUCUGCCAACGACCGCUAUGCCUUUGAGAGUGACCAAGGACGUGUGGCCGAAGCAGAAGCAGCGUGGAAAAAGGACAAGUCGGGGGCUUUUGCGCUCUCCCACUCGUGUCUCUGGGGAGGCUUCUUCAAACUGCCUGAUUUGCAAAACAUGGCCGAGUUCCAGGCUCUGCCAAAGAAGAAGCAAGCGUUUCUGACAAGAGACACGGUCCCGUCCUAUGAAUUCAUCAGCAACUGUCUGCUGUGGCCGCCGGGGUCGAAGAUUGAAGAGGGGAAUUCCUACAUGACCUUCAUCACCUUCCUCAUGAACCCCCAAUCCGAAGGCUCCGUCACACUGCGGUCCUCGCACCCAAGCGACAAGCCCGUCAUCCGACUCCAUUACCUCGAGCAUCCUUACGACGCACGCAUCUUCCGCGAAGCCAUUCGCUCAACGUGGCAGAAACUGGUGCUCAACCCGGGCAUCGCGCCGUCGGUCGUGCGCACGAUCUGUGGACCUGCCUCUCUGUCGGACGAGGACGUGGAUGGGUUUGCGCGGGAGAAUGCAGGGACGGUGUGGCAUGCGAAUGGGACGGUCAAGAUGGGGAGGGAGGAGGAUGGGGGCGCCUGUGUGGACACGGGGUUUAGGGUGAGGGGGGUCGAGGGGCUGAGGGUGGUGGACUUGAGUGUUGCGCCGUUGACGCCGAACAAUCAUACACAAGCGACGGCGUAUUUGAUCGGGUGGAUUGCAGCGGACAAGUUGGUGGGCGAGUAUGGUCUGGACGGAUAG